AUGGCACCAGAAUAUGCAACAAGAGGCUAUUUAACAUAUAAAGCAAAUGUUUACAACUUUGGUAUUGUGGCAUUGGAAAUCGCUCUUACGAUGAAGGAGAAAGAUAGUUUAAUGGAGCUAGUUGAUCCAAAGUUGGGCUUAAACUUCAACGAGGAAGAGGCAAUGAAAAUGAUGAAUAUUGCUUUUCUUUUCCCCAAUGUGUCUCCCUCGGCCAUACCUACAAUGUCCUUUGUGGUGGGCAUGCUGGAAGGUAAGGUUGUUGUCAAGGAGUUAGUUUCAGAUUCUGAUGACAUGAGAAAGGAGAUGAGGGCAAUGUGGACUCUUAUUCAGCAGAAUGAAACGGUAAUCGAGGACGAGAAUGAGAAUGAAACUGAGAGCCUAUCAUUCGUAAACAUGCGAUCAACCAGUUCUUCGACAUCAAUGAAGAACAAAAACUAG